AGGCCUUGCAGAACUCCAGUGUACUGCCAGCUAAUGAGCAGGUUAAAGCGCUCGUUUAACUUGACUUCCUGUCAGCCAUCAUAUCUUGCCAUCGGGACUUAUUUGCCACAUGCUUUCUCUUACUUUUAAUUGGCAUCCCAUCCAACCAGAACGUGCUGCCAAAGGGAUUCCUAUCCGAAGUUCUUGAUCAUUGGAUUCGAUUAGAGCACGUGCGCGUCUUUGAGGUUCUUGCUGUGAAGCUGUCCAUCUCCGCGACUGACCGGAUCUCAUCUUCAAGACUUUCAGCCAUGGGCUUCGAGAUCGCUACCAGCAUCCUCAUCAAUGCGUCCCCGGCGCGCGUCCAUGAAAUCCUCUGCGACUUUGCCAAGUAUCCGGAUUGGAACCCAUUUUUCAAAUCCAUUACAGGGUCGGCAGAUUGGGCUCCACAUGAGGGCCAAAGGAUCCUCCUAUGGAAGACGGCAUUGCUUGGGUAUUCCUUCCCUCUUCCAGCGACUGUCACACGCGUCACUCCCUUGAGUACUCCUCCACGCGCUAACCAGCGCUACGAACUUCGAUGGGGUGGCGGAAUGUCCAUACUGCUAAAUAUUGCCGAAGCGGACCACUACUUCAUUUGUGAGCCCGUACCUGGGCAACCAAACAAAACCAACUUCAAGCAUGGGGAAAUAUUUGGCGGCAUGACUAGCUACGCAAUAAAUCCAGUUAAGGAUCUCAUAUUGAAAGGGGAAUACGAGCGCUUCAACCAAGCCUUGAAGGUGCGGGCGGAAACUUGGAGAGAAUAGAUUAUCAUAGGUCUACACAUUUUUAUAUAGUGUCCCACUCGAUAGUAGCAUAAUGAUACAGUAACCCUUAGUUCAACAAUGGUAUAGCACAUCCAUAGAAAAAAAUGCAGCGGGCGUAACGUGAGGCUUGUCGCGUGAAUGUAAUUGAUAUCAACCAAAACAAAACAAUUAUAAUACAGGUACAUCAACAAUGCCGCUAAAAAGCAGCCGUUCCAUCUUCUUAAUUACCUCCAAGAAGCUCCCUAAUUCUCCGCUCAAUCUCUCUCACCAACCGGUCUUCCCUAGUGUACACUCCACUCGCAACCAGUGAAUCUCGUUCUCUUGCAAGGCGUUCAACUUCUACCAAUAUUUGCGGAUCAUAAUUCUCUUGGUCGAUCGGUUCAACAACUUUUUGUGGUUGAUGGGCACCAGGGCUUGCCCCUUUGGAUGCAGUACUGGCUCGCAACUUUAGUUCCUCCAAAUCACGCUUAAUCGUUUCCAGCACGUCCGGUGGGGUUUUCCCGGACAUUUCAUGCUUUAGACGCUCCAGUUCGGCACGUUCACGUUCUAAUCGGUUCGCGAGUUCCGUUUGCCAGUCUUUCUUGCAUUUGGCAAGCUCUUUGAGUGAUUUUACCCAUUGCUGUUUGUAGUACUUUUUAGCCCGUUUCUCUCCAUCGACCUUCGCAUUCAGGCCAGUAAUGGUGCGCUCAAGCUCGUUCAACUUCUCUUGAAGGCGCGCUUCUGGUGUUGACGCCGCUUGAGAGCGAAUUUCAGCUAGUUGCUGUUGAAGGGUGCUCACUUGAAACGCGAAGGCUUCCCGUUCUUUCGUUGUUUGAUCGCGCUGUCGUUCUGCUUCUGCGACCCGCCCUUUUUCAACCUGCAGACGAUGUUUGUAUUCUUCAUGAAGUCUUCGAGCACUGUCGCGAGCUUCGUCGACAACACGCCGAGCAUCCCGCUCCACUUCAUCCUUCUUUCUGGCAAAAUCGAGCUCCGAUUCACGCAAUUUACGUUCGCGGGUUUCAAGCUCGGUAGCAAGGUCCUGGAUCUUGUGCUCGAGAGAUUUAAAUUCCUCUACUUUUUUCUUUAAAAUUGCCUCACGUUCGCGCUCGCGUGUCUUCCAUUCCGCUGCAAGUUGCUCUAGUACUUCUGUCUCUCGCAAACGUAGAUGCGCUCGAAACUUUCGCUCUUCUUCCGCUCGCCAUAGCUCGAGUUCUAGUGCAACUUUAUAUUCUGGUGUCGCGUGGAGGGGUGUUGAGUUGGGUGUUGACGCGACGCUCGCACUUGCUGCACUUGGAGGUGCGCGGGGUUGACGCUGAUGCGGAUACGGGUUUUUAGAAUAUGCAGCAUCAGUCGUCGGGGGCUUGCCAAGUAUUCCGGGCGUUAUAUGUACUUGAGCUUGAUACUGCUUUGAAUUUACAGGGUACGUUGUUUCGGCCGUGGUCCGUUUGUCAUACA